AGGUAAGAAAAAUGUAAGAUGGAAUAAGGGACAAGAAUGAUGGAUCGGUUCUCUCAUUGCCAUCCUUAAACGUGAUGAGUAGGUGAUGAGCCCGAGGACGGCUCAACUUCUUUAUGAGUCAUGCCAUCCUCGGGCUUGACUAAAAUUGCUCAUAUCAGUAAGAGAAUUUCCAAUUUACCAAGAUCAAUUUUCUUCUACAUGUGAAAUACCGUCCGUCGUCGAUGUCCGUACACGACCAGACGACGACGAUUUUAUCUCAGUUAUUAUUUGCGGCCAAUAGUGCAAUGCUUGGCAUUGGCUUAGCUUACGUUGCUAUUCGCAGCAUAUUCAAAUUCACCGCCUCUACAUCAGCUCUCCGCAAAAUAGACAAAUCGCCUUCUGUCCAACCUUUUGACCUCCGUUCUCUCCUGGCCAACAGAGAUAGUAAUAGUAACAUCUGUAAUAGCGAAAGUAAAAAUCAAUCGAAUGGUGAUGGUGGAAAACUCAUAAUUGUUCGCGGCGGCAUGGAGGCAAAAUCCACGGUGGAGAGGCAAGCGAUGAUCCUGGGAGGUGAUACUAGUAAUGUUCUUGUUUAUCAGGAGUCGGGAGAGAGCGGCGUUAUCUUGCAGCGAACUCAAACUUUAAAAAAUGCUUGGUCUGCAGAACUUCAUUUCCCAUCAUUUAUCUGGUACUGGAAUAGAUGGAAAGAGUGGAGACAACAGAGGCAAGCACAACAACAAAACAAUUUUGCAACUAAUGUGUUCCCCUUCAGAUUGCAGCUGAUGGAGAGACUGGAGACGUUCCUGAUGGAGAACUUUCUGUGAUUUGCCUGAUGAGAAGGUGCAGAUCUGCUUUCAUUCUUCGUGGACAUCAGGUCUGCUGCCAGCGUUGUGACCUAUCAGUUGAACGUGAAAUAUCACGCAAGUGUCCCGUAUGUAGGCAGACAAUCCAGAAUUCUGUAAGAAUAUAUGAUUCUUGAGGAUGAUCAAUAUACUUCUGAAAUAAAUAGCUAGAAAAGGACUUGUAUGUCUUGUGGAGAAACUUCAUGGCAAUUCUUUUUCCUUGGGAUCACAGUCUAGAGACGAUAAGAGAGACUAGCAGAGAUUAUCGCUUAGGAAAAUAUUCCAGUCUAAUACAAUAACAUGAAUAUUACUGUAUAUAAUUCAAUUAGUUUGAAUGUCACUUUUUAUUGUAUA